AUAUCGAUUUUUAUUAGUUUUAAUUUUAAGAUGUUUGAAUUAAACGAAGGAAGAACUUUAUUACCGUUAUAUUUAACGUUAUUGCUUGUUUUGUUGUGUGACUUUGUUUUGCCCGGAGCUAACGAUUUACAUUUCCACGACGGAGCUUCGACGGCCGACGUGAUUAAUGGAGACGUUUUUUUCGAAAUUUUGGACCCUCCAGAGCUACGAUAUUCGUAUCGGAUAAGACCAGCUAAAGAUUUUGGUAUACCUUUUAAUAAAACAUUGCAGUUUAAAGAAGCCCGUUUAGUGCCUACAUACCCCGUACAUGGUUGCCAAGAUAUAAUGAACCACGAUGAUAUUGCUGGCAACAUUGCAUUAUCAGAAAGAGGGGAGUGUUCAUUUGUGUUCAAAGCAGCAAAGGCUCAGGCAGCUGGUGCUAAAGCCAUUAUUAUUACUGAGAAUAUAGACAAAUGGGAUGAAGCCCUUGAUCGUCUUAUUGAAAUGGUGGAUGAUAAGAUGCAGCUAGAUGUAGAUAUUCCAGCAGGAUUUCUCCUAGGUCGCAGUGGAGCCGCUAUCUUCCGAGUUUUAAAAAAAUCUCAUAGGAAAUAUGCAAUUGUUAAUCUUCCAAUCAAUUUGACUCAUGUGCCUCUUAGUAAAAUGAAUCAACCUCCUUGGAUCGCAUGGUAAUAUAGUAGCACUACUAUGAAAUGUAUCAAUAUGCUACGAUUUUGUACUAUCGAUGGAUUUCUUAGCAGGGCACUGACUUUUCUUGAAUUUAUUUAUUCUAAUUUAAAAUUAAAAAUUAUACUGGCUAUUUAUUAUGAAUGCCAUACCGACAGUAGUCUGUCUUAAGUAUAUUAUGAUUAUUGAGUUUUCUUCAAUAUUGUGUUAUGUUAUUAGUUUUCUGUAAAAUGUAAAACUAUUAUAGACAUGUCUAUUAUUAGAAUUUCUAUUUUGACUAGGUGUGUGCAGGGUA